AUGCUGUUGAGUGCUCGUUGGGGAUUUAUGGAGCUGCUCUUCAGAGUUGUUCCAGAUAUGUUUCUUCUUGGUCUUGGCUCAACGCGAUCCAACAGCUUUGAGCAGUUCCGAUUCGGCUCGACAUCUUCUGGUGAUCUCCUCGUUCACAGUAUCGUCUCGAUGUCGAUCCAGCGGUUCAUGAAUCGCGUGUUUUUUGACUGUUUGGAGGAGAUUGCCUCCAGAUUCCAAGACGAACGAUCUAUUGGCAAAUUCGCUUUUCGAUGGUCUCCAAAUAUUUCCAAACUUUCGUCGUUAUCCAAUCCGAGUCAAGUACGCCAAAAUUUUGACGACACCGCCAGAUUCAUGCAUUUUCUCAAGAUUCUCAUCAUCGCAUGGACGGGCUGGCGCGGUGCCAAUUCGAUCAGCAUCGACAACGAGAUCAUCGGACAACCGGACAUCGAGUGUCUCGAAGACGAGAUUCGCAUUUUCGUCAAAACGCGCAAAAUAUUCGCCGGUCGGAUAUAUGCAAAGGGGCGGAGCGAUCACGAGGAGUGUUACAAGGAUGAUUUCGCAAAAGAACGAACCACAAAACCACAUUUCGAUAUUCAAUUCGGCGCGUGUGGAAUGAAGAGUUUACGGUCUGUCGAUCCACGUGGAAUGUACUACGGGAUUACUGUAGUCAUCUCGUUUCAUCCGCUUUUCAUCACGAAAGUCGAUCAAGCAUUCCAUGUGAAAUGCUUCUUCGAAGAAGCGAGCAAAGGCCUCACAGCGGAACUUGGCGUCAGCAUGAUCCCAACAACCGAGCUCGAGGCUCGACAUGGGAUUCCCGGAUGCUCCUAUACAAUCCAUUCAUCGAGCAUCGAUGAAAUCGAUGCGGGGAAACCAGCGGGCUCAACCGUGCAGUUUGCCAGAGUCGGAGACAAGGUGCUCCACCAAUGGCACUGCAAUGAUCACAUGUUCGGAGUUCUUAUAAACAAUUGCUAUGUAACCGAUGGAUUCGGGAAGAAGUCGGACGUGAUUGAUGAGCGAGGAUGUCCGAUUGAUCCGAUUCUGAUCACCGGAAUCCGUUAUUCAGCUGAUCUUCAAAGAGCCUAUGCAGAAUCGUCAGUAUUCAAGUUUGCUGACAAACCAGGAGUUUGGUUCUUUUGCCAGGUGAAAAUGUGCAUGAAGAAGCAUGGAAUGUGCGAUGGGAUUACCCCACCAUCUUGCGGUUCCGUGUCAAAAUUGUUGUCUCACAAUGGAGAUGAAGAUGAUGAGGACCAACCUACUAGAGGGAAGCAUCCAAAGAAACCACCAUCGGAUUACGAUUAUGAUGGACAAUUUGAGAGGACGACGCGACGACGCACAACUACGCCUGACUAUGAUUAUAAUGAGAAUGAGUCACCGAAACUACAUAGUUCGAAUUCUCAUUCCUACAACAAUGCAGUUACUCAAUCGUUGGAUUAUGACACAGCCACAAUUACCGCGUUUUCACCACCAAUUAAUCCGAAUCCGCCAUCUCAAACGACGACUCAGGAAAGCGUUUCGAAAACUUUCGAAACCGAAGACGAUCUGACGCCGGUGACAUCAGAGCCGAAAGGCAAAAAAAUCGGGAAAAGUGAUUAUAAUGAUUACGAUGAGGUUACAAUUCCUCCAAAUUUGACGGAUCUUCUCGCCAAUCUUCCAGAUGAUUUAAGCAGCGACAGUAUUCAAAAAAUGCUAAGAGAUUCUGUCGACGAUCCGAAAGCGGUUUUGGAAGAAUUCAACAAAUUACUAAAACAGAAAAAGGUUAGUACAAGGAACGCACAAAAACGAAAUCGAUCUAGAAAUUUAAGAGAAUUGAAAGCUGGUGAUUUAAGAAGCGGUGAAAAAAUCGAUCAAAUUGAGGUUGAUUGGACUUCGAAUCGUCGAAAAGAUAUUCCAAUGGAGCCCCAAAUCGGAGAAGAUCAGAAAUAUGUGAAACCAAUGAUCGGCGGACAAUUACUCAUUUUCGAUCUUGAUGAAGAGCCUCCGGCUGAAAUUAAAAAAGAUGAACCAAAGCCAUGCUCAUCCUUAUCAAAUAGCAGCUUGUUCGCAAUAUUCGCCGGAUUCGGAGGAUUAUUAGCUGCAUUGAUCGCCGUCAUCGCCUUCCUUCUAAUGCGGCUCAAUUACCGUAUCUGA